UAUUUUAAAAAAAAAGGAUAGGUAUUUGCACUGUGCAUUCGUGAAACGUUGAUUCGUCAAGGCAUUCACUAACCGACAGUUCAUUUUUCAUUAACUCUUUGUUUAGUUAGUUACGGAAACUUCCCAUGACUCUGGAACGUGCAUUUAGAGAUGCUCGGAUGUUCGAAAGGUACCUGAAUAAGAAGCGAGCUUGAUGUUCCGCAUGUCCUUUCAUCCCUCAAUUUUGGCUUAAGGGAAUUCUUUAUGAACUUCGAUCAACAGAUUUAUAUUUCUUAUAGUUAGACACACUUUGAGGAUUGCUUGUUUCUCGCAUUUUUUAAAAGUUUUCACGAUACUUCAUCAUGUUAAUAAUAAUAUCCAGUGAAAAAGUUCGCAUUUUUACAAAUUUUAAUCGUAAUGACAUACACUUCAGGAAAGUUUCAGUGAAGAGCACGUUUGUUGUAAAAUUUAUUUUAGCAGCAAGUGUCAAUGUGUACUGGUUAUGCCAAGUUUCGUGUGCUGAUCUCAGAAUGCCGAUUUAUUCUUGGAAAGAUUUGUUACCGAUCAUUGACAAAUAAAGCUAAAUCGGAGGAGUUGACAACAACCACAUCCAAGAUUUCAACUUCUUUCGUCAAAAACAUAUUUUUGGGUAGGGGAGUUUUCGAUCACGUGGUGCCAUAUCCAGUUGAUUUAUCCGAUGAAAGACGGGAAAUGAUUCAUCUGAUUUUGGAACCCACAAGAAAGUUUAUGGAAGAAGUUAAUAAUCCCGCAGAGAAUGACGAGAAAGAAGAAAUUCCGAUGGAUACUCUCUCGAAAUUUGCUGAAAUUGGUGCAUUUGGUGCCCUGGUACCAGAAGAAUAUGAUGGUGCAGGUCUGAAUAAUACUCAAUUAGCACGUGUAGCAGAGGUUGUUGGUGAAUCGGAUUUGUCACUUGCUGUCGUUAUGGGUGCUCAUCAGUCUAUUGGCUAUAAAGGAAUUUUGCUUUACGGUACCGAUGAACAGAAACGUAAAUAUUUACCAGAUCUGGCCACGGGUCGGAAGUUCGCCGCUUUCUGUUUAACAGAGUCGGGCACCGGAUCCGAUGCAAAUUCAGUACAAACUCAUGCAGAGAAAAGUAGCGAUGGAAGAUGUUAUGUUUUGAAUGGUGGCAAACUGUGGAUCAGUAAUGGUUCAUUCGCUGAUGUAUUCACUGUUUUUGCACGGACGCAAGUGAAAGGUAAGGAUGGAACACCAAAAAGCAAGAUAUCAGCAUUCAUAGUUGAGCGUAGCCAUGGCGGUGUUACAACGAGUGUUCCUGAGAAGAAAAUGGGUAUUAAAGGUUCAAAAACCGUCGAAGUCCAUUUUGAUAAUACUAAAGUUCCUGUGGAUAAUUUGCUUGGUGCUGAAGGUGAAGGCUUCAAAUUGGCGAUGAAUAUCUUAAACAACGGCCGUUUUGGCAUACCUGCUGUAUGCACCGGUUCCAUGAAAUUUUGUAUUCAAAAGACGAUUGAACACAUCUCAGAAAGAGGGCAGUUCGGAAGAAAACUGAAGGAGUUCGGAAACGUCCAAGAACAAUUAACUGACAUGGUUCUUCGCCACUAUGCCACUGAAAGUCUUUUAUACAUGUUGUCAGGAGCAAUGGAUAGAGGCAUAGUGGAUUAUGAGCUGGAAGCUGCUGUGGGGAAAAUUAUGGCUUCGGAGAAUGCCUGGAUUGUAUGUGAUCGCGCCAUCCAACUUCAUGGCGGCAUGGGUUACAUGAAGGAAUGCGGUUUGGAAAGAGUAAUGCGUGAUUUAAGGAUUUUCCGCAUUUUCGAGGGUGCCAAUGAUGUUUUGCGCUUAUUUGUUGCGUUGACUGGAUUACAGUAUGCGGGCAACUACAUUCAAUACAAAAUGAAAAAGUCGUGGUCUGGAACAAUUGGAUUACUUUUAGAAUCCAUUCUUCCACGGAAGUUUGACUUCCAAUGCCAUCCGAGCCUGAAUCAUUCUGUCUCCCAACUGAAGAAAUCUGUGCACAGAUUUGGGAAUACUUCAAGAUUUCUUCUUUGGAAACAUAAGCGAGGAAUAAUUGAAAGACAGUGGGAAUUGAUACGAAUGGCAGAUGCAGCGAUUGAUAUUUAUAGUGUAGUAGCGGUAUUGUCGCGGUGUAACCGUGCUGCAAACCAGCAGUCUUCCUUUAAAUAUGAACAAAAAUUAGCCGAACUUUAUACAUUGCGGGCGUGUGAACAUGUGCGCAACCUGCUGGACGAUAUAUCAAAACGAACUGGGGAUGCAGAUCGAAUAAAAGCUGUUUCAGACGACAUUUUCAAAACGGGCUCCUUACCCUCAUCACAUCCUACUGAUUAUUGAAACUUCAUUUAUAGCAUAUUAUGUUCUUGUCUUAGAAUCGUGACAUUUUCAUGUUUUUAUUAAAUAACAAUCGACAUUAACUGUAAAUUGGUCAAAAAGUUAGCAGACUGCUUAAUAUAUAUUCAGUACCGAUAGAAAUGUUUGAAGUUUGAAGUUCUGGUAACUCCCAGGUUCUAUUCCC